AUGCGUUUGGCAUUUCUACUUUUGGCUUUGGCGGUCAUUGCUGUUUAUGAUUCCGCAACUACUGUAGUACCUGACUGCGUUGGCAGUAUGGUAAGCGGCGGUAGCAGCGGUGGAAGCAAUAGCGGAAGCAGCAGUGGAAGCAAUAGCGGAAGCAGCAGUGGAAGCAUUAGCGGAAGCAGCAGUGGAAGCAAUAGCGGAAGCAGCAGUGGAAGCAAUAGUGGAAGCAGCAGUGGAAGCAAUAGUGGAAGCAAUAGUGGAAGCAGCAGUGGAAGCAUUAGCGGAAGCAGCAGUGAAAGCAAUAGCGGAAGCAGCAGUGGAAGCAAUAGCGUAAGCAGCAGUGGAAGCAAUAGCGGAAGCAGCAGUGGAAGCAAUAGUGGAAGCAGCAGUGGAAGCAUUAGCAGAAGCAGUAGUGGAAGCAAUAGCGGAAGCAGCAGUGGAAGCAAUAGCGUAAGCAGCAGUGGAAGCAAUAGCGGAAGUAGCAGUGGAAGCAAUAGUGGAAGCAGCAGUGGAAGCAUUAGCGAAAGCGGCAGUGGAAGCAAUAGCGGAAGCAGCAGUGGAAGCAAUAGCGGAAGCAGCAGUGGAAGCAUUAGCGGAAGCAGCAGUGAAAGCAAUAGCGGAAGCAGCAGUGGAAGCAAUAGCGUAAGCAGCAGUGGAAGCAAUAGCGGAAGCAGCAGUGGAAGCAAUAGCGGAAGCAGCAGUGGAAGCAAUAGUGGAAGCAUUAGCGGAAGCAGUAGUGGAAGCAAUAGCGGAACCAGCAGUGGAAGCAAUAGCGGAAGCAGCAGUGGAAGCAAUAGCGGAAGCAGCAGUGGAAGCAAUAGCGGAAGCAGCAGUGGAAGCAAUAGCGGAAGCAGUAGUGGAAGCAGCGGCGGAAGCAGCGGUGGAAGCAGUGGUGAAAGCAGCUGCGGUAGCAGCGGUGGAAGCAGUAGUGGAAGCAGCGGCAGUAGUGGAAGCAGCGGAAGUAGUGGAAGUAGCGGCAGUACCGGAAGUAGUGGAAGCAACAGUGGAAGCAGCAGUGGAAGCAAUAGCGGAAGCAGCAGUGGAAGUAAUAGCGGAAGCAGCAGUGGAAGCAAUAGCGGAAGCAGCAGUGGAAGCAAUAGCGGAAGCAGCAGUGGAAGCAAUAGCGGUAGCAGCAGUGGAAGCAGCAGUGGAAGCAAUAGCGGAAGCAGCAGUGGAAGCAAUAGCGGAAGCAGCAGUGGAAGCAAUAGUGGAAGCAAUAGUGGAAGCAGCAGUGGAAGCAUUAGCGGAAGCAGCAGUGAAAGCAAUAGCGGAACCAGCAGUGGAAGCAAUAGCGGAAGCAGCAGUGGAAGCAAUAGUGGAAGCAUUAGCGGAAGCAGCAGUGGAAGCAAUAGCGGAACCAGCAGUGGAAGCAAUAGCGGAACCAGCAGUGGAAGCAAUAGCGGAACCAGCAGUAGAAGCAAUAGCGGAAGCAGCAGUGGAAGCAAUAGCGGAACCAGCAGUGGAAGCAAUAGCGGAAGCAGCAGUGGAAGCAAUAGCGGAACCAGCAGUGGAAGUAAUAGCGGAACCAGCAGUGGAAGCAAUAGCGGAAGCAGCAGUGGAAGCAAUAGCGGAAGCAGCAGUGGAAGCAAUAGCGGAAGCAGUGGUGGAAGCAGUGGUGGAAGCAGCUGCGGUAGCAGCGGUGGAAGCAGUGGCGGAAGCAGCGGCAGUAGUGGAAGCAGCGGAAGUAGUGGAAGUAGCGGCAGUAGCGGAAGUAGUGGAAGCAACAGUGGAAGCAGCAGUGGAAGCAAUAGUGGAAGCAUUAGCGGAAGCAGCAGUGGAAGCAAUAGCGGAAGCAGCAGUGGAAGCAAUAGCGGAAGCAGCAGUGGAAGCAAUAGCGGAAGCAGCAGUGGAAGCAAUAGUGGAAGCAAUAGUGGAAGCAGCAGUGGAAGCAUUAGCGGAAGCAGCAGUGAAAGCAAUAGCGGAACCAGCAGUGGAAGCAAUAGCGGAAGCAGCAGUGGAAGCAAUAGUGGAAGCAUUAGCGGAAGCAGCAGUGGAAGCAAUAGCGGAACCAGCAGUGGAAGCAAUAGCGGAAGCAGCAGUGGAAGCAAUAGCGGAACCAGCAGUGGAAGCAAUAGCGGAAGCAGCAGUGGAAGCAAUAGCGGAAGCAGCAGUGGAAGCAAUAGCGGAACCAGCAGUGGAAGCAAUAGCGGAAGCAAUAGUGGAAGCAUUAGCGGAAGCAGCAGUGGAAGCAAUAGCGGAACCAGCAGUGGAAGCAAUAGCGGAAGCAGCAGUGGAAGCAAUAGUGGAAGCAGCAGUGGAAGCAUUAGCGGAAGCAGCAGUGGAAGCAAUAGCGGAAGCAGCAGUGGAAGCAAUAGUGGAAGCAGCAGUGGAAGCAAUAGCGGAAGCAGUGGUGGAAGCAGCGGCGGUAGCAGCGGCAGCAGUGGCAGUAGUGGAAGCAGCGGCAGCAGUGGAAGCAGCAGCAAUAGUGGCAGUAGUAGCAGCAGUGAAAGUAGCAGUGGAAGUAGCAGCAAUACUGGUGGCUCUACAGGAGGUGGAAAAGGUUGUGGCUGUUCUCCAACAUGUGCCUAAAAGAUCUUCAAGAUUUCCAUUUUAUAAAUACGAACGCACCAGUAUCGAUGCAUUCUGUGAUUUCUUUCCAAUAUAAGCUGACGAAAAAUUAUGGCACGCAAUAGAAGAAUAUCGAUUUUUUCAAGAGAUUAAUUCAAUGAGUUUCAAUUUUCUAGCAUUAUACUUAUCUGUUAAUUCACUCUGAGU